AUGACUCCUGGAGAAUCCGCUCAAGGCUCUGCAGGGACGCCGCCAGCGACCAUAGGCGGGCCAGGGUCGCCGUGGGAAUUCUCUUCAUCGGCGGAAGCAACGCGGACGAGCGGGCACGGUGAGACGACACGGCGAGAUCACGCGGAGCAGGAAGAGGACGCGGCGGUUCAUACUGAGCCCACGGCAGCCCGCCACCAGCGCCUACGAAGCCCAUUCCCGCAGGCAGCGGCCGAUCUGAGCGCGCCGGGGAUCCGAAUGGAUUGUGAGGCAGGAGCGCGGAGAGAGGGACGACGGGAGCAGCGCGAGGAGCUGGGGGUGACGCCGACCCCGCACGUGAGCGACGAAGCUCCUUCUCCACGUCAUCAAGCCUAUCCAGAAGACGGCGCUCCAUUGCGGACGGCGCUGGACGCGCUUUUCCCCCGCGACCAUAACCUCCCCGCCGCCCGCGACGCCCCCGACCACUUGCGUCCGAACGCACAGGCGACUGCUGGCGAGACGAGCCCAGCUGACGCUGGCGUUCAGGGGAACGGACCACGCGACGAGGAGAGUCGAGCCGUGGACGCUUCGAGGGACGUGGCAAACGCGGAGGCGAUCGAGGACGGGACGACUGGCGUACGGGCGAACGGUGACGAGAAUGAGGGCGAGCGGGCGAACGGUGGCGGUGUGACCUGCGAUCACGCGAACGACUCCGUGACGCCACGCGACGAGGCGAACGCGGCGACCGCGGGCCAGCGUGAAGACCUUCCCUGCGGCUCUCCCGCCUAUCGCCGCGAAUCACAGAUGAACGUCGGCGAGGGGAAUGUUCCUGGUGCGCCACACCCACUCCGCCGUAGCGCUCGGCGGACGCCGCGUGAGCAGGCUCCGGCUGAGGCAGGGACCGGCCCCCGCGCGAGGUCAGAGCGCGCUGCUGAUCUUCGAAACGACGGCGGAUCCGAUCCGCAGACGCCGGCGGCGCGACAGGCACGCUCGCGGCAGGGCGCGCAGGAGGAAGCGGGCGGGGAGCUGGAUCGCUCUCCGCGGUUCGCCCCAAGGCAGGAGCUUCAAGGGAACUCAUCGGUACGUCGGGAAGAGGGCGCGCGGACACUCAGCGGCCGACAAGUCGGCGGAAGAACAGCAGGCCGCGGAAGGAGAGCUGCGGGACGCGGGGGGAGAGCACGUGGGGGUGGACCGGAAAACGUGUACCAGCAGGCGGGGAGGCGGGCUUUAAACGAGAUGAGCGGUGAUAAUGAAACCUCCACUUCAGACAGUAGCUUUGUAGCAGCCGAGUCCACUGACUCGACUUCCAGCUCUGAGUCCUUGGACGACGAGCAGCUUCAGACUCCUGCUCGAGCGGGCAGAGCAGCAGCAGCAGCAUCUCACAUGGCGGGGGGAGCUGCAGCAGUGAGAUCCAUUAGGAGGGGUCCCCCAACACCAACCCGAGCCGCAUCAGGCAACAUUGCCCUGCGCGCCAAGCACCCACCUGCGCCCGCCUCCCCACCUGACUGGAACUUUCCAGAACCUGACCCUCACCUAUCGGCACCGUUUGCUGUCUUCUCCAAGGUGCUGGGAAGCUGCGAGAUGGGGGUGGGAGCGGGCCCCUCAGGAACAACUUUCGAACACUUACGCGAUGCAGCGCUGAUCAACCACUCCGUUGGGAAACACCUGCACGCGCUAGUCAACACGAUAUUAACAGGAAAAUUACCUCCUGCGGUGGCUGAGCUCCUCACCGCCUCAAGAUUGAUUGCCCUGAGCAAGCCCGAUGGGGGGACGCGACCAAUUGCCAUCGGCGAGAGCAUAACACGCCUGGCAGCUAAGACGGCGCUUACUUUGACUGCAGGGGCCGCUCGUGUAUUCUUCCUACCGCACCAGUUCGGCGUGGCAGUCCCUGGCGGGGCGGAGGCGAUUAUCCACAUCACACGCACGUACCUCACGGUGAACACAGGAGCUUUGGUCCUACAGGCUGAUCUGGCGAACGCAUUUAACAGCGUUAACCGCGACGCCAUCAUCACAUCUCUUCGGGACUCCUCUCUCGCUUCACUUUUACCGUUAGUUAAACUGCUGUACGGCCUUCCUUCGGCUCUAUGUCUGGACGCUGGCUUCUCACACCCACCUCUGCUGAGCGAGACCGGGGUGCGGCAGGGAGAUCCUCUCGGCCCGUUGCUGUUCGCUGCCGCCAUACACCCAGCGCUGACGAAAACGGCGCUCAGCUUCCCCUCCGUGGUCUGUCUAGCCUAUGCGGACGACGUAACUUUUCUUGGGGAUGCAGCCAUGUGCGCGGCGGCAUUUGAGGACUUCACAGGAAACCUCGGGGAGAUCGGGCUGCGCCACAACCCAGCCAAGUGCGCGGCCUGGUCUCAGGCUGGCCAGCAGGGAGCAGCGCUUCCAGUGGGCGUACCUUUCACAGAAGAUGGGGUGAAGGUGCUUGGCAGCUUCAUCGGUGGCAGCGACGCAACCGCCGCGUUCCUACGUGCCAGCCUCGACACCAUGGGAGUGCCGCUGCCCUUAAUCGCGCGGAUGGAGCCGCAGCUGGCUUCCCUCCUGCUCUCACGGUGCAUCUCACGGCGGAUCGCUUACGUCGCCCGCACCACGCCGCUUUCGGCCCUGCCAGUCGAGGAGUGGUCAGACUGGGGUAAAAAGCUGUUUGAGACGUUGCUGACUACCUGCGGCAUUCGCCACCCACGGGGGGAGGCCGAGAUUUCACGUACCUGGGCGCAAGCGUCACUCCCCAUCUCGCUCGGUGGUUUGGGACUCACAGACCCUUCGGUGGAGGGUCGUGUUGGGUUCCUUGCAAGCUACACGCAAGCGCAGCACCUGCUCACCUCCAUUGAUGAGUCGGCCGUCGGCGCCUUGGCGGAAACGCGGAUCCAGAUGGUGGGGCCCUUCAUCAACACGUCCCCGCUCUUUGACUG